CGCAAACCGCCGAGGAUACGUGAUGUUUAGUUUUUCUGAGCAAUCCAAUUGUUGAACUCACCGAAAAAACAGUUAGAAAUGGCUUCAAAUAAGUUGAGAUUAAUCACAAGUAUCCUCCAAACUAGCGGUGGAAAGGACAAAGUGAUGAGGAUCAUUUCAUACGGGUCACUGUUGCUGUCAGGAGUUGCAAGAUCUUCCACAAACUCCAAGAAACUUCUGACCAUUAGCGGACUCCUCAGCUCCUGCAGAACGGUUCUACGGCUGUUUGAUGACUUGCCGAUGUUGGCUUACUCCUUAUCGUACGGCUGGGGCACUCAGGAAAAGAGUUUGUGGCUUCGGGCGCUAGGUCUUCUUAACAAUCUGUGUGAUCAGGUGUUCUUCCCUCUGGAGCACAUCGCCUGGGCAGCAGACAAUAAACUCAUCAAUACCUCAUCUUCAAGAUGGUGGACAUUAUCACUCAUUGCAUGGGCAUUGUCUUUAGCGUUUAACAUCUUAAGGAGCCUGACGCUGUUAGUCGAGCUGAUGAAGCGUCUACGUAAGCAUCAUAUUCAGAUGGAAGACCCCACGAGAGAACAGAGCAGCCAAGACUCCUCAUCUGAGAAACAACCGGUAUCCCAUCUGCAGACAGCAGCGAAAACACAAGUCCUAGAAGUCAUCAAGAAUGUUGCUGAUCUUUGCAACGCAGUUCACUGGUUGCCAUCAGGAUUUCUGUGGGGUGGUCUGUUCUCCAACACCACGGUAGGAUUUUUCGGCACAAUUUCCUCGGUUCUGCUCUUGAGAAAUAUAAUUCUUCAGAUGCAGACCAAUGUGGCAGUAUAAAACAUAAGGCAAGAUGCAGCUUUGGUGCAGAGCUGUGUUCAAAAACGGCCCCUUAACAAUGAGCGAGUCGGGAACAACUUUUGAUAGAGUUUUGAGACCAUUUUGUAGAUGCGCACUGCCAUUAUAUUACACACCAUUUGCACGCAUGUGAAUCAAUAUCACAUCUUAUUUAGAGACUUUUACCUACAUGUACUCUUCAAAUGUUUGGCCAGGUUUGGGUAUGUAUGACAGCCUUCUUAUGCAUUUUUUUCCCUUUAGCCUUUUUACAAUAUCCAACGAAGCCACCAACAAAGUUUAUAUUCAACGCGCGUACAACAUUCAGCUUAAAAAAUGGUGUGCGUGUCUCCUUGUGAUCCCAUCGCGUUUGUGCACGCAGCAUCACCAGUGCGCCCUCUAGUUCUUUUUAACUCUAUGGCACAUGCAUAGUGUAUGAAUACGCAAUGCUAAUGGGCGUCAAUCAGGGGGGUGGGGGGACAGGGGGACAUGUCCCCCCACCUUUUGGAGGGUGGGGGACACAAUAUCAAAUGUCCCCCUCACCUUUUUGACCACCUUUAUCAUGAAGCCCACGUUUUGCACUGUGUAAGACGAACCCCUGUGUCCCUAUAUUGGCAUUUAAUCCUGUGGGCAAAGGAUGACACAAUAUCCCCCCUCAAUAUUGGCCCUAGAUUGCAUCACAGAGCAUUUUAAAUGCAAACAUUUUUCGGGCCCUUAACCGGGCCCGCACCCUGAGCCGUAAAGGCUUCUCACAUGCAUGCUCCAUCGUGACAGAUUUGCACCUCCCCCUUGAUUAAAGAGUGGAAGGGAUGUGUACCCCACCCCACCCCACCCCGUUUUCGAAGGGUGGGGGACACAGUAUCAAAUGUUCCCGCGCCGUUUGACCACCUUUAUCAUAAAAAUCAAGUUUUGCUCUGUGAUACUGUGGAGCACUGGAACACAAUAUUCACACAGCUCAUUGUUCUGUUUCGUUUGCCAUUUGGCCGCUAAAUGGCCUAAAGAUUGUACCACAGAGCAUCUAAAAUUACAUAA